UCCCCCCCCCCCCCCCCGCUGGCUCUCCCAGGGACCAAGAGGAGAGCAGGUGUGUAAUGAUGUUAUCCCAUAAUACUCUCCCACGCAGCAGCAGUUUGCAGCUAAGGAGCUGUAAGUGCUGUUCAACGGAGUUGUAUCCAUUGAUGCCAGCGGUGGUUUUAGCAUAGAGACCGUGUGAUUGACCCACUCUGCGAUUUUGGGGGUUUUGCCACCAGCCUUCCAGGUGUGUGACCAUCUACAUCAGGCUGCUGUUCCCAAGCACUGGUCACAGUUUCACCCCCAUUUUUAUUGCAGAAAUAGUUUCAAAGAGCAGGAGCCCGUCUAUUGUCUCACCAUUUCUUACAUCUACAACUUUUCUCACUUUGUCUUGCAACAGGCAGGCACGUGCUUUAACAGCAGCCACCAUUUCACAGAAACCUUUCUCUGCGUGCUCUACUCCUUGCCGGCCCUUUAACUCCGCAGAGAAAAGCACCUCCAGCCAGGGAGCAGAUGCUUUUCAGCUGGUCCUCGUUGCCUCCCCUCUUCCUUCUCCUGCUGCUUCCCCGAAAGUCCUGGCUUGCCCUGCUUGUGCGCUGGGUUUGUGCAGAGCUGCCUUUUGGGGAAGUGGUGUGUAGCACGGGGUGCUUGUGCGCAGGGUGCAUUUGCCCAGCGCUUGUAGAAGAGCAAAUUGUCCUGCAAAGGGGUUGCUGAUGGUGCUGCUGCUCCGUUUCUGAAGGUCACGGUGGCUGGUGCUGCGCAGUUCAGGUAGGCUUUACUUGCUGUGUUGUUUUGGGGGCUUUCUGCAAGGAAACACUGCUUAGGAAAACUGCUGCAUUUCUCUCUGCGUUUCAGUUUUGAGGCUAUCGCGCUGCUUGUGCUGGACAAGGUAGAUGCCCUGCAAAUCCUGAGGCUUUAGUUUGGGCGAUGCUCUGCGUGUCUGUGGAAGCCCCUGUGCUCUCCUGCCCCGGGGGCUUCCCUGAGGCUGCAGGAGCUGCCUGCCCGCUUUGCUUUUGGAGGGGCUCAGCCCCACGCGUGCAGAGGGAAGGAGGCUCUGGCAGCCCGCGGUCGCUCUGCGCUCGCCUGGCACGAGCAGGAGGUUUGGUCGAGGGCUGCGUGCCUCUCGCCUGGUCCUUCUCUGCGUUUCUGCCUCCCCGGCCCGCGAGCGCUGGGGUUGCUCCCAAAGCCCUGACAGAGGUAAAGCAGCCCGGGAGCUGCUGGAGAAAGGGGCUGGUGGCAGCAACGGGCGUACGAGCCCGGCCCCGUGCCGUGGCUGCAGCAGCAGCGCUGCCCUCUUCUUGUUCGUCUUCCCACCUCCCGCUGUUGCUUGCCACCAACCGUGCAGAGAUGGUGCAAACUCAGAACACAGAGAUAGUGUCAAGCCAUCUUCAAGGGAGAGGAGGCUGGUUACCAUGGGAACAGGGAUUGGUUGUUCUUCCUGAUUUUUGUGGCAAAUACUGGGAGCCUUUCUUAAUAGCAGACACGAGGUGCCCUGGUUGUGAAAGGCAGUUGACUCAGAGGGCUUUGAACUGGCCUGCAGGAUGUUCGGCUCUAAACAUCCUGUCUGGGAGACACCUCCCCGCGCCGCUUUUCCCUUUAUCUGCCACUUCUGAGUAAUAACUGGUCCUUGCUGCUCGCAUCCGGAGUGGGAGAAGUUGCAGGUAAAUCCCUCUUCUGCCUUUCUUUCCCCAUAGAGAGAAAUAUAUUGGCGAGCAUCUGCACGGGCCAGACGUGCCUUCCUGAGCGUGGGCAGAGGCAGGGCUGAGGGGGAGAACCGACCUCUGAGAAACCGAGCUUUUCUUUAAUGGUGGCUCGCGAUUAGAUGGGUUGAAGUGGCCCUGCUGAAGACAGCCUCCUCGCAGGCGCAGGCAACAUCUGGGGCUCUGUUUGUAACCCUCCUUUUGGGGGCUAUCAGGUUUUGGAGUUUUGUGGUGGCCAGGGGUUCCUGGUGAACAGGGUCAGGUGGGCUUGGUCCUCUGCUGUUGGGUAGCUACCCCAUGAGGGCAGAGGAUCCAGGAAGAGAGGUUUGGGUGAAGACCCUCCAAAAUCUGCUGCCAGGUCCUGAACUUGCCUUGUGCGUUCAGUCUGACCAGCUUUUUGGCAGGGGGACGGGAACAGCGGCUGGCUCUCCUGGAGCCCUGCUGCCCCGUGGUGAUGCCACUGUCCUCGCCCAGCUGAUGAGAGCACCCAGGGGUGUUUGUAGGAGAUACUGAUGCGUCCGUGAGCUCCCUUCUGCCCCGUGUCGGUGGGAGCAAACCUUUGCGUGAGGGCAUACCAAGUCCUUCCCCCGUGCCAGGCAGAAGGGCCAUUCAGUUUGAACGGAAAUCGAUGGUUGUGCCGUCUUGCUGGAUGGGCGAUGGAGCUGUGACGGCUCCGGGAAAGCGGGGGAGAUGCUGGAAAUGGGGCAGAAAUGUCCCCCUGCUCAGAAAGAUGGAGCUGAGCAGCUGGGAGCACGGGGAGGCUGCGACUAGUCAGUGCAGCGGGCUUUAAGGGGAGAAGGCAGUUGCCUUAUGACUAUUAAGCAAAAGCGUUGUAGCCUGGAAGCAGCGGAGAGAGAAGGGCAGCUCAGGUAAUAACUUCUGACUGGGGCCAUAUUUCAAGUCCUCCGACAGACCAGGUUGCUCACAGUAAAAAAUAAAUAAGCAAAGCGACUCUCCUCAACCACAGUCUGUUCCAGGGCUGCAGCUCACUCGGAGCUUAAUCAGCUUUACGUGAGCAUGUUCUCAACCGCUGGAGCUAGGAAAAGCCAGCGGGUGAGACGCGUCGGGUUUGGCCUCGGCAGACUAGUUGAGGGGCCGCGGGUACGUGCGGGGGUUUGUUUUGCUGCGCCUCCGAUCCGAGGGCUAUGCGAGGGGACUGUUGCUUGGAAACGCAUCUAGUUUCUCUGCAAAACGGUGGCUGUUUCUUAAAAGAAGCCGUUUCUCCAGUGGGCUGGAGCCGAGCUUCUGCUUGACCAAAGGGUGAGGUCGGAGCAUCUCUGCUGAAUCCGAGAUGCCCCGGAGUGUGCUCUAGGCGUGAGGGUGGCAACAAAACAUGGCCACAAAGAGCUAAAUAUACAGCUUACGGUUUUGCAAUCGCUGCGUAAAUCUCUCGGCUUCCAUCGCUUACUUCCCCUUUGCUGCAGCAGAGAGCAGACCCCGAGGGAAGGUGAACAGCCACGUCCCGGUGGUGGGAAGCAAAGAGGUCGUAUGAGAACUGUCUCAGGGCUUGCAGAAUUGGACUGCCAGAAGGUUGUGGAGCAACAGGGUCCCCUGCAACGUAGAGUGAAGCUAUUAUGCCGGGGGAAGAGAUGGUCGGGAUAAGAGAUCCUAGGGACAGCUCUGAAAUGGACUGAGUGAUUUUGGGGGUUGUCGAUACCCAAGACGAAGGCAGGACGUGCGGUGAGCAUAGGGGUGAUGGAUCCUUAGGCUAAAGGUUGGGGCUCGGGAUGCUCAGAGCAGCCUCUUGCACUGCGGGUGGAACGUGCUGGUUCUCGUUUCCAGUGCCUGGGCCCUGGGAGGCCGCUUCCUGCUCUCCUACUCCUCUUCUCCGGUUAAGUAUGUGAAAUAAACAUUCCUGUUAUGUAUCUUGAUCAGGUUAAACUCCUGACUCUAGCUUCAGGCUGUUGUCUUUGCAGUUAAGUCCCUGCAAGACAAUGGUCAAAUUGAGGUAUAUAUCGCACAGCUGUACAGUGUUAAAUAUACUUCAGUAGUGUUUAUUUUUAGUCACUUUAGCACAUAGACAUCUGAGGAAUGGAGAUGUUUGCCUUGGACAAGGUGUCCGGGUUGUAAUCAGCAAAGACAUGGGCCCUUCUGGGGCAUGAGCCAUCUCGUGCUAAAGUAGACAUCCAAAAUACAGCAGAAACCCCUAACUGAUCCCUGAACAAACCCCGGGAACGGGGUAUUUCUCGUCCCCCUGAAAGGCUGUGGAAUAGGCUUCCCUCCUGAGAAGAAUCAUUAACUCGGUGUAAAUAGUCUUCGGUCUCGCCCAGAUUACCUGCGUCCCGGAGAGGCGACGGAUGACGACAGGCAGACGCUGCACUUCUUGUCCCAGCAGGGCUGAGCUGGGAAAGCCCGAGCCAAGUCAACUGAGUCCUGCGCUGCCGUCCAGCCCUGACCGGAGACGUCUUGCAAAGCUCUCCCUCACCUGAGGCGCUUGCCACACCACAUCCUCCCCUAAUUUUGCAGCAUCUAAUUACUUUCUCGUGUGGGAGGACUCGGAGAACGUGCUGGAGUCGUUCAUCUAGGCUCGGCAAUUUCCUUUGGUAUUUAUAAACACAGCAAGGAUGUGAUUUGUGAUGCAAGGCACUCCUGAUGCGCAGCGAGCAGCGAGCGAGCCCGAUGACAUCAAGUUUCAACGGCAAUGCCCUCCGGGGCACCUUCUUCCUCAUUUUUGGUCUCUGGUGGACUGUGAAAUACCCUCUGAAGUACCUCAGACGGAAAGCGAACGCUGAGAAUCAGCCAAGCUGUGGUGUCCGGCGCCUGGAAGUCCUCGAAGGGACGGUCAAAGCUUUCUUUGCUCUCGCAGGGAUCCUGGCCGAGCAGUUUGUUCCUACUGGUCCCCAUCUGCUGCUGUACAGUCCUAAGACCCACGGCUGGACGGGUCUAACCCACUGGCACUACACCACCAUGUACCUGUUCUUCCUCCUCUCCGGCAUUGUGGAAGUUGUCUCACAUUCCCCGCUCAAGCUACCUGUUGGAUUAGAUCGUCUCUCGCUGUCCAUAGCUCUGCUUAUAGAAGGCUUGCUCUUCUGUUCCCGUGACUACAGUGAUGCUGCGCUGGAUCAUCACCUCCAUUCCCUGCUGGCCAUAGCCAUCUUUGCAGGAGCCCUCUGCGCACUCCUGGAAGUGUUCCUCCGAGAUCACGUCAUCCUGGAGUUCUUCAGGACCAGCUCCUUCCUCCUGCAGGGCUCUUGGUUCUGGCAGAUUGGAUUUGUGCUGUUCCCUCCGUGGGGAGGACCAGGCUGGGAUCAGACGGACCGUGGCAACUUCACCUUCCUCACCAUGUGCUUCUGCUGGCACUACGCCGGCGCUCUCGCCGUCACGGCAGCCAACUCCGCCAUCACUCGCUGCUGCGACGAAUCCUGCCAGCUGAAAUUUGGGGACAUCGAUGUUGAGCUGGACUGUGGCAUGUGCAUCCGCAAAGGCAGGAGCUCCAGCAGCGCCCUGCUGCCCGAGAGCGGCUCGGACGACAAGUGAGGCUGGUGUCUCCGCUCCAGCGGAAACUUCUUCCACUCACUGUAAAGCUCUUAGGAUGAGGUUUUUAUUUUAUCUUGUUAAGCGAAGCUGACACUUGGUAACAGAGCAUCCGAAGUGGGAGGCGGGACCCAGACGGCACAGCACUGCGGUGUAAGGACCCUUCCCCUUCCUGCAAGCUCCCUUGUGUCCAUUUGACGGUGGCGUGGGCCAAGCAGGCUGCUUGGGGAGAGAGAUCUUGUUUUCUGUGCCGCGCAGCUCAGGCUGUGGACGGCACGACCAGUUUGCUGGUGGAGUCUGACUGGUAAGGCUGAUUUGGCCGCUUCCGAACGCAGCGGAGCCUCCGCUUCUGCAGCUGAGAGCCAAGCUGCCCUAGGGACUAGCCCUCAAAGCAAGCUCCUUGCAACCGUCACUCGUGCUGGUGUAAAUGGAGGGGGGGUUUUGCACAAAGCUUAAAGUGCGCAGAGCAUAUGUGAUCACCAAUAAAGUACUUUAACGAAC